UUUCCUUCCUCGCGGACUACAGAGGGGAUUAGCGGCUACAAAGUAAGCCAUGUCAGGUGUCGAGGAAAUUCAAAAUGAUUCUGUAGAAAUUCAGGACGACAAAGAGUUUGACGUAGAGGCUGAGGACCACCUCGAGGAUGAUUAUUUUACGGACCCGACUCGAUAUAUAUUUUACAGAGACAGAAAGGAGUGGGCUGACCUGGAGCCUGUUCCUCAGGAUGAUGGGCCAAAUCCUGUUGUAAAGAUCGCCUACUCAGAAAAGUUCUCAGAUGUGUAUGACUAUUUCCGUGCACUCCUGAAGAAUGAUGAAAAAAGUGACCGCGCUUUCGCCUUGACAGCAGACGCCAUUGAGCUAAAUGCAGCCAAUUACACAGUUUGGCACUACAGGCGAGUACUGCUGCAAGCCCUGUCAAAGGACCUGAGGGAGGAGAUGAGGUACAUAACUGCCAUCAUCGAGGAGCAACCCAAAAACUAUCAAGUCUGGCAUCACAGACGUAUGGUGGUAGAGUGGUUGAAUGACCCCUCGGAGGAACUGGAGUUUAUUGCGGACAUUCUCAGCCAAGAUGCAAAGAAUUACCACGCCUGGCAGCACAGACAGUGGGUCAUCCAGGAGUACAAAUUGUGGGACAAUGAGUUGGAGUUUGUGGAAAAUCUGCUGGAAGAAGAUGUGAGGAAUAACUCUGCGUGGAACCAGAGGCAUUUUGUAAUUUCUCACACUACAGGCUUCUCUGAUCCAGCCAUAGUGGAAAGAGAGAUUCAGUACUGUCUCAACCAGAUCAAGAAGGCUCCCCACAAUGAAAGCGCAUGGAACUAUUUGAAAGGGAUGCUGCAAGACCGAGGUCUGUCGUCUGCACCGGGCCUGCUGGAGAGGGUCCUUGAGCUGAAGGAGACUCAUUGUUCCUCUUACCUUCUAGCAUUUCUAUUUGAUUGCUACGAGGACGCCUUGGAGAGCAGCAGCCAAAACGAAAAUGCGGUGGAACAGGAACGAAUGGAAACUUUAAGAAAGGCUCUAGAAAUUUGUGAACUUCUGGCACAUGAGAAGGACACAGUCCGCAAGGAGUACUGGCUGUUUUUGGGACGAUCUUUAAAGAACAAAUUUGGAAGCAGUGCCCCUAACGAGCCUCCGAGAGAUGAUCCCGAACCAUCAGUCCCAGCGUCCGGGCAGCAGGAGACAAGCUAGACCAGUACAUCUGUAUUUUUUUUGUCUUUUGAACAUUUAAAUCUGACAGCAGUCCCCAUUUACUGAUAAACCCCUGUUACUAUGUUUUCAUGCACACUUGAUUCUGUAAUGAUUUUCAGAGAUGGUUCACAUCUGUUAAUAUCUGAUUAGAGAAAAAAAAAUCCACACUAGCAACAGCUUUCUGACAUGUUUGUUGUAUUUCUUUGUGUUGUUUUUUAAAAUAAUUUAUGUUAGUUUUGUGAUAAUUCUUACAUUUUCCAAAUAACAGGAUAUUUUCGAACGGACACUCAUCUCCAAAUAAGACUGGGUGGAGCUUAGUAUGCAUGUAAACGCACUCUUCAUAUGACACCUGCAGGACUUUUUGGUUUGGUCAGUCAGAGAAUACAUGUAAUUCUGUUUUGCAUCAUGAAGCAUAAAAAUAAAACUGUUUGUAGUA